AGUAAGAGAGAAAUGAAGAACCAGUCAAUGGAGGUGGUAUUCAUUUUGCUUGGACUGACAGAUGACCCUCAGCUACAAUCUCCGAUUUUCCUGUUUCUGUUUUUCAAUUACAUCCUGAGCCUUAUGGGGAACUUGGUCAUCAUCCUCCUCACCCUGCUGGAUCUCUGCCUCAAGACACCAAUGUAUUUCUUCCUCCGGAAUUUCUCCUUCUUAGAAAUUGCAUUCACAACAGUCUGCAUCCCACGGUUCUUGAUGAGCAUUCUCACAGGAAACAGAACGAUUUCCUACAAUGCUUGUGCAGCCCAGUUAUUCUUUUUUUUUCUACUAGGAGGCACAGAGUUUUACCUCCUGGCUGCCAUGUCCUAUGACCGCUAUGUGGCCAUCUGCAGACCUCUGCAUUACCCAGUCAUCAUGAACAGCAAAGUGUGCCACCUGCUUGUUCUCAGCUCCUGGGUAACUGGGUUCUUAGUCAUCUCCCCCUCCUUGCUCUUGGGACUGAAGUUGGAAUUCUGUGCUUCCAAAACUGUAGAUCACUUCUUAUGUGACACUUCUGUCCUGCAGCUGUCUUGCACAGACACACAUUUCAUAGAAUUUAUGGCUUUUGCUUUAGCUGUGAUGACCCUUGUCCUCACCUUGAUCUUGGUGAUCCUCUCCUACACACUCAUCAUCAAAACCAUUCUCAAAUUCCCUUCAGCCCAACAACGAAGAAAGGCCUUUUCCACCUGCUCCUCACACAUGGUCGUUGUCUCUAUCACUUAUGGAAGCUGUAUCUUCAUGUACGUGAAAACAUCGGCAAAGGAAAGGGUGACUUUAAAUAAGAGUGUAUCUGUGCUCCACACGUCUGUGGCUCCUUUGCUAAACCCUUUCAUUUACACGCUAAGGAACCAGCAGGUGAAAGGAGCUUUGAAACACACGCUUCACAGAUUUUGCUCUUUUCAGAACAGUGAGGAAAGGUGUAGGCACAAAUAA